AUGUCUGAGGCCAAGACCCUGAGCUCCUCUUGCCUUGUGCUUUCCUUGCUCUUCUUGCACUGGGCUUCGCUCCAGCUGGGCCAGGCUUUUCCCAGCACCUCCGACUACCUCCAGCGGGGCUGGCAGCGGCUGCUGGAGGAAGGAGAGGGCUGUGCUGAGUGCCGGCCGGAGGAGUGCCCGACGCCACGGGGGUGCCUGGCUGGCACAGUGCGGGAUGCCUGUGACUGCUGCUGGGAGUGUGCCAACCUAGAGGGACAGAUCUGUGACCUGGACAACACCAACCACUUCUAUGGCAAGUGUGGGGAGCACCUGGAGUGCCAGCUGGAUGCCGGGGACCUGCGGCACGGAGAGGUGCCCGAGCCCCAGUGCACCUGCCUCUCCCACCUGGCCCUCUGUGGCUCCGACGGCAAAACCUAUGCCCAGAUCUGCAGGUUCCUGGAGGUCGCCCGUGCUCACCCUGAUGCCAACCUCACCGUGGCCCACGAGGGUCCCUGCGAGUCAGAGCCUCAGAUCACCUCUCCUCCCUAUGACACGUGGAACAUCACUGGGCAGGAUGUCAUCUUUGGCUGUGAGGUCUUCGCCUACCCCAUGGCCUCCAUUGAGUGGAGAAAGGAUGGCAUGGAGAUGCUGCUGCCUGGAGAUGACCCCCACAUCUCUGUCCAGUUCAGAGGCGGCCCCCAGAAAUAUGAAGUGACUGGCUGGCUCCAGAUCCAGGGUGUGCGGGUGACGGACGAAGGCACCUAUCGCUGCUUCGCCAGGAACAGGGUCGGGGAGGUGGUGGCGUUAGCCAGCCUGACUGUCUUCACACCAGACCAGCUCAACCUGACAGGCUUUUCCCUGCCGAAGCCCCGCACGACACCCGAAGACUACGGGGAGAGCGAGGAGGACUAUUACUAG